AUACUUUGGCAAAGUACCAAAAGGUCAAAGAUUUAAGUCUCACCAAUAAACUUUCCUGAACAAUCUCUUCUUUAAGAAAAUAAACUACUAAUUGUAAAUGUGCAAAUAAAAUCUGUGUCAUCUGGCUGUAUGGAUUGUGUGAAUCGUUGAGAUUUUGCAAAUGUAUACAUGAAAAUUGGAACUGUCAUGUGCUGCAUGUUUUUGAGAUCAGCUCUUUUUACCACUAUGAUAAUUUGUUGCAGCCCCUGUCGUGUGACAUGCUCCGAUGAAUCACUCUCACAGUGGGGAUAAUGAAUGUAAUUAAGAACAGCAUUGCUAUUCAUACACUGCAUAAUGCAAUUCUGAACUGGUCAUCCAAAUCUAAGUCACCUCAUUAGAUUUUGCUCCUCCCUCCUGAAUAUGGGAAAAUAAAACAGUCUAACCAGAAUAUUAGGCCAACUUGAGAAUUACUAUAUGAAGAGCAAGUAUGAAACCUCAGUGUGCACUGCUUCUGGUCCUGUUGGUCAUCUUAGCUCUGCACACUAGAGGAAAUGAAGCUUUGUCAUUCGCUUGGGCCUGUGUUGCCCUCAAUGGAGUUUGUAGACAAGGAGCAUGUCUGCCUUCAGAACUCUACUUCGGACCGUUAGGAUGUGGGAAGAAUUUUUUAUGCUGUGUCAAAUUUCCUUUGACUGCUGAAAAUUAAAUUAGAAGGGGGUUGUACCUGAAGUGCUGCCCAUCAUAUGAAUUUAAUAAUAACCAAUCCUGGAAUAAACAAGCUUUUUAAAUAAAUGUUUGAGAGUGCAAAUUGUCAUUUGCAGCAGCUAUUAGUGUUGUCACGUGGUAUUGUUGAUUUAUUAUUAAGUCAUGCAUCAUACACAGAAUUAGGUGUGAAUAAAGUUCCAGUAUUCAAAAACCUUUUACAUUAUAUAUUAUGGUAAAUGCUUAUAUGAAACAAUGUGUAAUAUAUAAUAUGGAAAACUGCAUAACA